GCCAAGUGCAACAGACUCCUCUCCAUCGACCGGUUUCUCCACCUCACACCUCUCCGCGGAGCAGAGCCCAGGCAGAGAGAAGCACGGGAUGAAGCGCAUAGUGGGGAGCCCAGGGACAUGGAGCGGCAUGGCGCUGCGCCUGUCGCAGUGCUUCUUCGCCGCCGCAUCUUCCCUUGCCAUGUGCUCCGCUUUCGGCUUCUCCAACUACAGCGCCUACUUCUACAUGAAUCUAGUGUUGAUCGUGCAGCUUUUGUGGAGUUUGUACUUGGCUUGUCAGGAUAUAUUUUCUAUGAGGAAUAACAGGGAUCUUCAUGCCCCGGAUAUUCUAUUGUUCUUUGUUAUCAUUGAUUGGGCAAUGGCGAUUCUCAUGUUCUCGGGAUUCUGUGCCUCUGCCAGCGUGACGAUUUUCUUCAUCAAGGAUAUGAACUUCUGCGCGGAAUACUCGCGGCUGGACUGCAGUCAGUUCACACUUUCAGUCACUCUGGCGUUCAUUACAUGGUUGUUGCAAGCUGCGUCUUCUUUCUCUGGGUUCUGGCUACUGAUUUCCUUCUUCUAGUGAUCUCUCUCACGCGCGAGCUCAUAAGCACCGUCAUGUUGUGCUAACUGUCGGUCAGGAGGGUAAAUCAGUUGCAAUGUGCUCGGGCAUGCAGCAUUCGUCACUUGUUAGUACAUAGAUUGUCUGUUUGAUAGCUCAUAUUUAGUUCAGGUGAGGUGGAACAGUUACUAUUUAGUCGCGAUCGACCGUACCUGAAAAAUUGCUCUGGUUACUGAU